CGAUCACUCGUCUUCGCCUCAUCGCCAUCACGACGUCCUUCUCCCCCACUCACUCGCUGCCAUGUCCUCCACCCCAGGCGGCAGCGCAGGUGACUCUCGUCGUCGCGCCGAGAUCGAAGCCAAGCGCGCAAAGCUUGCAGAACUGAAAAGAGCUCGCGAGGAGCGCUCUUCGCGCUUGCUGGCCAAUCGCACGCCCGCGCCUGGCACCAGUGAGGUCGGCACGCCUGCAUCUACGUCGAGCAGCACGAGAAAGGACAUCGAUGAUCUUGUUGCAAGCCUCACCAGGACACCCAAGACGAGUGUAAGUGCUGGGCCUGCAGGGUCAGCCUUUGAUGGGUCGCCUAAGCGCGGGAGUACCAGCGGGGCUGCGCAGGGGAGGCCAGGAAGUAGUAGCGAUUUUGGAGGAAGUGAGGCGGGGAUGAGGCCCAGCUCGACCACUUUCAGGACGGACGAGGGUGCGAGCACUGGAGUUGCAGCAGAUGGAGAAGCAGCUUCACGGCCCCCGCCUGAUCUCGUGGAUGUCUCUACGGAGCUCUUCGAGUUCCCGCAGAAGGAGCGCGUCUACUACACCAAAGAGGUGCAGACUAUGGCAUCCGGCGAUGAUGACGAGGAGGAUGGAGAGAGAAGUGGAGCCGGAGUGGGAACGGACGCGCAUGCCCAGACCAGCGCAGCUACGGAGGCGGCCAUUCGCAAGAGAAUUCUUGCCGAGCAAGCAGAAUUAGCUGAAAAGGAUCGCCAGCUCAAGCACGAGGAAGAGGAGCUCGAGCGUCAGAUUCAGGAAGAACUCCGCAUCAUGUCACCGCAGGAAGUGGCUGCCAUCUUCGGCACCUCAGACUUCAGCGACUUCGUCGAGACGUCCAGCAAGAUCGUGGAGCGGGCGCUCACCGACGCUUACGACUUUAUGAAGGACUACACCAUGGCCGGCUCCUCUAGCGGGGAUGACGCUCUCGGCCCUGCUGCAAGAAGGAGGGACGAGCUCAAGCUUGCACGGUGUUUCUACGACGAGAAGCUCUGCAAAGGAAGGAGCGUGACAGCAGUCGAUUGGAGCAGCAAGCAUCCAGAGCUGGUCGUCGUAUCUUACUCGCGGAGCAGUGCGGUGCUCAUGGAGGACGCAGCCUCAAUGCCAGACGGACUGGUGCUGGUCUGGAACUUACACCUGCUGGAUCGCCCAGAGUUCGUUUUCCAGGCACAAACCGACGUCCUCUCUAUCUGCUUCUCCCCAUUCCACCCCAAUCUGGUCGUAGGAGGGACGUACAGUGGGCAGAUCUUGAUUUGGGACACGAGGAGCAAGGCGCCGCGGGCAGCCGGAGGAGCAGGAGCGGCUCCAACAGCAGGCGGCGGUAUCCUCCCCUCCCUCAAGACUCCCUUGAGCUCAACAGCAGGGCAUACCCAUCCCGUCUACUCCCUAUCAAUCGUCGGAACGCAAAACGCCAACCAUCUCAUUACAGCAAGCACGGAUGGUCUCGUCUGCUCAUGGAUGCUCCCUGAUAUGCUUGCCCGUCCUGUCGACUCGCUUCAGCUGCUUAACCAAGCACAUCCAAAGACGGACGAAGUGAGCGUUACGAGCGUAGGCUUCAUGCAAGGUGGACGGGUGGAGACGAAUGCCUUUUGGUUGGGCACAGAAGAGGGGAGUGUCUGGAUGGCGGCGAGGUUCGAUCGGGCAGGGGCCAAAGCUGGUUUGCAAGGGGGCGGAGAGGGGGCACAUUCUGCGCCGGUGACUGGACUUGACUUUCAUCGUGCGAGCGGCGGAGGCGGUACGGGGUCUACACCUGGCGCAGACUUCUCCGACCUGCUCCUCACAUCAAGCAUGGACUGGACUGCGAAGCUGUGGCGCGUUUCUAUGGGCGGGAGCAACACCAGCGCAAGCACAAGCAGCACUCGUCCCACGGCGUCUACGAGCAGCGCCGGCCCCUCCCUCACGCCCCUCCUCACAUUCGACGACUACAGCGACUACGUCCUCUGUGCGCAGUGGCAUCCCACCCAUCCGAGCCUCUUCGCAACAGCGGACGCGAGCGGGAUGCUGCACGUGCAUGACCUCUCUCGCGAUGUCGAGCGGCCGGUUGCGCAAGUGCGAUUUGACGGCAAUGGAGGCGUGGUAGCAGGCUCGGCAGCCACUGCGGCUUCGACCUCCUCGUCUCCAAUGGGCCUCAACAAGCUGGCAUGGGACAAGGCAACGGAGCCUCGCAAGCUUGCCUGUGGCGGCACGGAUGGGAGACUGUACGUGCUUGACGUCGGCGGGCUGGCUGCGGUGAGUGGUGGUGGGGAGGAGUGGGUCGAGAUGGGUAGGCUGGUCAGUAGGGCUGCGAGUGGCGCAUCGAGCGCGGCAGGUGCGGUGACCAAUGGCUUGGGCAGCGGGAGAUACGGCGUUGGGAGGUAGUGAUCUAGACUGCUGAAUGAGCAUACCAUUGCGUGGCU